CCCGAUUGUUGUAACGUGGAUAAGAUGUCACGUCAACCUUACCCGGAAUAUAUCACCAGGGAGGAAGCCGAAGCAGGUCUGGCCGACGGGUCCUUGAUCUCAGGCCUACUUCAAGUAGUUCAGCAGACGCCGAAUGAUGCGUUUCUCCGAGUUAAACCUGAUCGGACCCGGGAUAUCGACGAUAAGGAUAAUGUUGACAUUUUGAUCAAGGGGAAAUUCGACCGCAACAGGGCGCUACAUGGUGAUGAAGUAGUUGUACGCUUGAAGCCUUCAGACCAAUGGGUGUCUAAAACGAGCGGCAUGCAACUCCGUAUUGCACCGGAAUUCAAAGAUUUUGGAAACAAGAAAGGCCCUGCACGGGGCCGUAGUUCAAGCAUCUCCUCUAGUGACGAGGAUGAUCUCGUGCCCACUAGAGCUGAUAUUAAACGGCUGGCCAAAUGCGAGGGUCGUGGUGAAGAUGCUGCUGUUGCUAAUGACAGCUCCGAGGAGUCCGAUGUCAGUGGGGAGUCUACGGCGUCGGUGUGCUACCGAACGGCGGUAGUUGUAUACGUCCUGAAGAGAUCUUGGAUGGGGCAUCCAUUUGUAUGCACGCUGGAGGCUAACAAGACGGGUGGUGGAAACAAUGGGGAUCCUCUUGAUGGAGCUAUUGAUGAGGAUCCGCUGAUUACGAUGGUACAACCAGGGGACAAGUUCAUCAGGGCGAAACCGAUGAAUAGGAGAUUGCCAUGGAUGCUGAUCCAGGUUAACGAUGUUGUAUCUCGUAUCUUGCAUGUGCCGGGUCCCUUGAAUGGGCGUAUGAUGAUACCGGUGCAGCUUAUGAAAUGGGGAACGAACUCGGUGUUACCGUUGGGGAAACUGGCUGGCAAGCCUUUUGGGUGUGCUGGUGACUUGGCGGCAGAGACGGCAGCGUGCCUGGAGGAGGCCAACCUUGAGCAUCAUGCAGCCGACUUCAGCCGGGAAAUCUACCAAGAGGUCGACAGGAUGGUGGCUGAUGCAGAAACUGAGUACAGGAGGGAAAUGCGACCGGGCAGCUCACGGAGAGAUCUCACUAAGAAGCGUAUCUUCACUGUAGAUCCAGCAACGGCUCGAGAUUUGGACGAUGCGAUAAGUAUUGAUGUAGUUGACGAGCAUACAGUUGAAGUGGGAGUUCAUAUAGCUGAUGUCGCUCACUAUGUGAAGCAGGGGUCCGCGGUAGACCAAGAAGCACAGAAACGAUGCACUUCUGUCUAUCUUUGUCACAGGAUGUUCCCUAUGCUGCCAGAAGGGUUAUGUGCGAAACUGUGCAGUUUGAAUCCGGCUGAGCACAAGCUGACUUUCACGGCAUCAUUCAGGAUCAACGUUGAUACAGGAAGAAUCAUCGGCGUAGAUGACGGAAAAGAUGUGUGUGGUUUGUGA